AUGGAUCUCCAACGAGCCAAAGAAGCACGGAGGGAAACACCGGGGAAACAGGAGGAGAGCAGAGAAGGUGCUUUGGAAGCAUAUGGAAACAGUGGUCGUUCGAACGAGUUCGCCCAGAGUGACACCGAUACACACAGCAAGCCAGGACCGGCAACAGCCACGAAUCAGAGAUCGCAGCCAACAACGAAAUUGCCUCAUCGCAAUAACCCCCGUCGCAUUUCCUCUUCUGCAGCUUCGCGCUCGACAGUGGUCUCCCCGCCUUCGUCCAAAGCAAUGGGGAUCCCGAUAGGUCUGGGACUAAGUUCCCGGGACCAGAGGUUACUGCUUGCAGCAAAGAGAUAUCCGCCAGUGACGAAGAAGACGCUUAGCGAGCUGGACCUACCCUGUAUAAUGAGCAACAUCAACCUACGCAUGGACGCCAAUUUCGAUCGCGAUCUACACUUCAAGCCCGAUUUGGAUGGUGAAAAGGGGAAACGGAAGCGGAAGGAGGCGGCUGAUUAUUGGGACGCAUUGGCCUCGGAGAUCUCUGUCUACUCGUUUUACGCAGCUGUUGGUGGGAUAGAAGAUAAGGAUGGUGAACAGCCGGAACAGCAAUUCGAACCCAGACUUCCUGUUAUGUUCGAGACAUUACAGGAUAUCCUCAAAACCCUUGUGCCCGAACGGGACCACCCGGAUGUUAUGCAGAAUCUGGAGGUCUCGUUACUCAUGCAGCAGAUCCGCAAGGGCGUUCUCGAUAUGGUCGGGGUAGCUACUUGGUUGUCAACGCUACUCAAGACACAUUGCGCCCCGAUGCGUGACGAGUGGGCGGACCGGAUGGUGAAGCAAAUCGGUACGGCUCUGCAGGCGCAGGAUUCGAGAGGGAUUGUCACUGGUCUUCAGACUCUGUUCGCCAUUUUAGAGGCCAUGAAGCUGGAUGUCGCAAACCACCAAAUCCGCGCCUUUCGGGCAUUCCUCAUUGAAGACACCGUUCCAUUUCUACAAGAGUACUUCCAGAAUAAGGUCCAAAGGAGUCACUUCCGAGUAGAGUCGUCGCGGCAGUGGUACCACAGACAUCGAGAUUUGCUCCUGCAGACGGUGGACAAGCAGACAUCGCGAGACAGUUACUGGCCAAUCACAGUUAUGUUCCACGGGUUGGCUGAUUUACUACUGCAAUUCCAAAAACCAACCGAAUUCCCCGAGACCUUCCUCUUCGACUCAGACCGGCUGUGGCAAUUGCGAGUAGGUCUGCAGAACUUAAUCACACUCGAUAUCAGCUGGUACAUUUUCGAGUCAUACAUCCACGCACAAAAGCGCUACCUCUCCGCCCCAGCAGAAACCUACGCCACCUUCCGGACACGGAUAGGAUCUCUAAUGGAGGAAAACAACAACCACGAAGACUGGGCACGCGGAACCUCACCCCGGUGGUUAAAGGUCGUCCGCUCCAUCGCAUUGGAAAUGGCCCGAUUCGCCAGCGCAGCCUGCUGCGGUGACGUAAGCGGGAUCUCGGACGAUAUCCUAGCUCCCAUCGAAGCAGCCCUGGAGUGGCAUCUUUCCAACGAGUCAGAUCUUUUCCGGUACUUUCAGAGCGCGAUGCGCGAGAAAGUCCUAGCAGCCACCGGUACUCUGGCCAAGAAGUAUCUCGCCCUGUCACCGCUGGGGAUCUGUGAAUCGCAGCGCAGUCCCUACUUCGUCUUACCCACCACAACCAUGUCGCAACAGCAGUACGAUAUCGAGCGGAUUGCAAUGCGACUGGCACACAUGGGUGUGUUGCAUUGGCGAGUUUGGGCGCCGCUGCUAUAUGUGAGGGAGAGUCUUUCGCCAGAGGAUAUUCUGGAUUUGCAGCACGCGCGGAUUAGCGAUUGUACUGUGAACUAG